AUGAACUACACCAUAACCUUUGAAGGCAGCGUCACCAUUUACUCCGAGGACAGUGAGUGCGCCGAACCAGCCGUCAAUCAAAGAUAUGCCAAAUACGGGCAAAAGGGGAAGAAACUGGAGGUUUGGCGUAUCGGGCUCGGAUGCAUCGCUUUUUUUGCAGAGCUGGAGCCAUCUCUAUCCGUCACUGAGCAAAACCUGGCAGACCGAUUUCGGUACAUCCUGCGCUCCAACAUAUUUGGUGACGCCGAACUCGAGCGACUACGACGUGAGGCUAUUCCUUCAUCGAAUGGAAAUGCUACGGCUGGGAAUGCGGCGCCACUAGAUGCGCAACAAACGGCAUAUGUAGAUGCUGCCGUGAACAUUCCAGUUGUGGCUAAUUCAGACGAUGAUGAAAUAGUCUCCCACAAACUAGAGAAAAUGAGGAGCAUAUUGGAAGAGUCAAUUCUGGAAACGCGCAGCACGCCUCUCGAAAAUCGACCGCGACCUCCACGCAUACCCCUUAGCAAGCAAAAUCGGGCUGUCGUGCGGGCUCUUAACCCAAUGCUGGUGACCUAUUUGGAAGCCAGCCAGGACCUUUGCGAGACGGACUCAAUUCUUUUUGGCGCCGCAGUGGCAGUGUGCCGUAUUAUAGGCGCCAAACUUUCCACGGCUGGACGCGCUACUGGACAAAGUAGCGCUAUCCCAGCCUGGAGAAUAAGAAUUGAAGAACGUAUCGCAAAGGCUAGGGCCCUCAUCGGCAGACUGAUAUGCUUCAGGUCAGGCAAUAACAGGCCAAGGAUUGUGCGCACCGUCAGGAUGGCAUUUGCUGGGACAAAUGUUAGUUUGUCCCAGCCGGAUAUAAUUCAAAAACUGACGGAGCGCAUAGACGACCUGAAGCAGAGAAUCGCUGCUUGGGGAAAGCGGAUUCGGCGAUAUACCGAGAGGUCGACACGGUUUAACCAGAAUCGUCUCUUCCAGAGUGAUCAGAAGAGGCUCUAUAAAUCAUUGGAGCGACCAGAGGUAUGUGGAGCGGGCCCAUGA